AACGGAGACAGGGUGCAGGGACAGCAGCUGAUAAGGGCCGGCUGGACGCUUUAAAGCAGGAGCGGGGCCUCCCCUCCGCUCACACAGAGCCAGCGCUAAGAUUGAGACAAACAUGCAUCUGAAAGCACUGGUCCUCGUGAUUUCCUUUGUGGCAACAGCAGGGCUCCCAGUUCCACAGAACAAUGACUCUACCAGGCCAGAGGCAUCAUGGGAUUAUUCCAGUCAAACAGCCAAUCAGGCAGCUGAUAAAACGGAGCUAACCAAGGAAGCUGAAACGUGGAAGAGCAGCCUGGAGAGCAGCGACCUCUACGGUGACCUCUACGCGCACGACGUCUCACAGAGCCAGGGCUCGCUGACGGGGGACCUGCGGCGCAAGCUGAGCCUGGAGUCGCAGCGCCUGCGCGCCCGUCUGGCGCAGGAGCUGCGCGAGCUGCGGGAGAGGCUGGCCGCCGCCUUCGCCGCCCACCCCACGGCCUCCCUCCCGCCGCAGCGGGCCCCCGCCGCCGCCGCCCGCGACCGACUCGCCCUCCCCGCCCACCGGCUCCGCGACGCGCUGGACAGCGACGCCCGCGAGCUCUGCUCCGCCCUCCGCCGCUACGCCCAGGGCCCGGAGACCGGCGGAGGCCCCGCCCCCGAGCCGGGCGCUACGCGCUACGAGGACGCCGCGCGGGGGAUGGGCCGGGCGCUGGGCGCCAGCGAGAGCGAGCUGACCGCCCGUCUGGCGGAGUUCCAGGCGGAGGCGUCCGGCGCGACGGGAGGGCAGGGGGGCGCGGCCGCGGCGCUCAAGGCAGAGGUGGAGGCGUUCGGAGCCGGGGUCCGGAGCAGGGCGGAGUCGCUGAGGGCGGGGCUGGCCGGGACACAGUCUCUGGGGGAAGGACUCUCCAAACACGUGGAGCAGUUCUGUCGCUCCUCUGAGGAGGAGAACAGGAGGUUCGCGGGCAGGAUAGAGCGGCAGCUGGAGGCGCUGGGACAGGGGGAGCGAGGGGCUUUGAGCGAGGGUCUGGGGGAGGCGCUGUUUGUCUCCCCCAGCAGCACGGGCUCCCUGGGGGAAGACUUCUCCCCAAAACUUAACGCCCUGCUCCAGGACAUUCUACAGACCCUCAGCUAACUGCCAGAGCCCUGCCGGUCUGGACCUAAGACUUACCCACAAUGCCACUGCCACAUUGAACUCGUCUGACAUCACUAACGGUAUUUUUGAGUAAUUUUAUGACUUUAACUUUAUCACCUGUUCUACAUCAGACAUUGAACCCACAGCAAAUAUGACUCAGAAGUAAACAGAUCUUUAUGAAGUCUAUGAGGCACUUAGAUCUGUCAUCAACCACCUUCUUUUCAAGCAUUUUAUGGGUACAAUAAAGCGCUCUUGUAUAGUUUUCAUUUAUCUUAACCUGGUUUGAACCUGGUUGAAAUAUGUGCAUAUAAUGCAUUUGCCAGGUCUGCUUAUCUGUUCCAAUUGAUUCCACCGAUUGGAAAUUUCCACUGUUAAAUAUCCUGUUAAAAACUAUUCAUUAAAAAUGUGAGAGUAAUCACUAUAUAUUUGGUUUAGCAAUAAUGUAAAGUCAAAAUGAUUGUAUAUACUGUAUGUGCUACAUCUCUGUGAUAUAUAUUAUUUGUUAUUAUAUGUUAUGUUUUUGUGUAUUUAAUUGAAUUUUACUUGUAGAUUGUAUUUACAGUUGCAAUAAAGUUGUUUCAAGGA